AGUAUGGCCGUAAACGUGGUAUCCGCUGUGGAUUUGUCCCCCUCAUAUCGGUCAACUGGAGUUUUAUAAUCUUAUGUGCCAUUAUUCAAUGGCAUAGCACUAAUAGCCUUCGAUCUUUAGUGUGUCGUUUUGUAUGAUCAUAUAUUUAAACUGCUAUAUGUAAAUGAUCCAAAUGGCAUUUUUUUUUUUUUUUUACCAUAUCUCAUUCCUGCUUUUUAAGAGGAAACUACCUGAAUUUGCCAGCACUUAGGGAGAUACAAAGAGGCAUCUUCAUUCAUCCCAUGUUUUCUCUUGGAAAGCGUACUUUUAAUCUCUUAAUAUGUGGUUGGCUUGCAAGGUGUAAAGGCUUUAGCUUGAAAAUGGUUGGCAGCUUUAGUUGCUUUGACCUUUUGAGAGUCAUUUGUUCAGGCAAAUGGAUAAAGGUAGAAAAUUUGAACAAAAACAAUGGGGGUAGAAAUAGUAAGCAAUGCAACGAAAUCCCCCCCCCCCCCCCGGCGCCCCGGUCCCUUUUUUCUUGGGGUUCACAAUGUCUGAUUGUACAGGGGUAAAUUUUCUUACAUUCUGUUUACUAUUUCUUGUAUCUUUGUUUUGGCUUUUGAUGUGGGAAAACAAGGUCGAUCUGCCCAGUAGCCUGUAGUUUGUAUGUCAUGUGCUGCAUAUUAAAAAGAAAAGCAUUCUUUGAAAUUUGAAUGUCAGUCUCAUUUUCGUAGGACUUUUGAAACUUUAACUGAACAUCGCCCCCCCUUUUCCCCAAUAAAUAAAUAAAUAAAAACUGCCACUGCCACUAGAUAAAGGUACAGGAGAGAGAGGCAGACAAGCUACAAGCAAUCCAACACCAGUAGAAGAUAAAGGGCUUAAAUCAAUGUUAUGUUUCUUUGAUUUUUGGGAGUCUUUGACCCUUCAAGAUACUGCUUGUAGGGUAUAGGAAUUGAUACCAGUAAAACUUAGCAAUCUGUUUGUCAAUGUCAUGUUUUUGCUAUCUCUAAACUGAUGAGAAGAUAUUUGCAAUGACGUUUAUGGAGGAGGAUGGCCUUGACCGAGUCAGAAGCCACCUGCUGCAUCGUCCCCCCCCAGCCAACCUCUUUUUCCAAUUAAUUCUUAUGAGGUGGGUUGUGAAGUGGGGAUUCUGGCUUUUGGUGAUUCAAACUCAAAGCAUGGGCAGUUAAGGUGUUGUAUAGCAUAUCUAUACUAUAGAUUCCAUGGCUAAGCGUAAACAUUUAGCAAAGUGAUGUUUGUCUACAAGUUGCUUUUAUUCCCAUUAAUUAAGCCCUUUGCUUUAGAUCUUCUCUGUAACUAGUUUUAGUUGCACGAAAGCACAUUGAAAAAUUGCUUUCAUCUUUUUCCCAUACUCGGUAAAUUUCUUACUGUUGAACAUUAACACAUGAACUUCAGCUUCAGAUUUCACGUAUGAUGGCAUCGUUAUAAAUAUCCAAAAACUCCAAGGUGAAUUAGCAAUAUAACCAACAAAUAAAUGAAAACUACUACUGGUAUUUAAUUAUACAGUAUUAUCUCUCUUUCCAUCUCUGCAUUUCUUAAGCAUUUUUUUUUUCUGGUUACAUAUAACACAGUCCCCACUUAGCUUUGUCACUUAUUUCAAGAAAAAACAAAGAUCUAAACCAUUAAUGCACCUGUCCCUAUUAAAUUGCCUUAUCAAUUUUAUACGCCCUUUACAACUACCACCUCCCAUUAUAUUUGCAGGCACGCCAUCAGGCAGAAGACUUGUCAUUCCACUUCUCUUUAAUAUCUCACUUGCAUAAACAGUACUUGCAUUUACAGUAACUUGGCCAAAGCAUAUUAAAAUUAACACUUGCAUUGCUGUUCGCUUCAAGGUCCUUUCUAAACCUUGUUGUGGUUUUUGGGGGGUUGUUUGUUUCCUUAGAAAGUUGCUGUAGAGAGAGAUGUUCAUUGGAUCAUGAGAGUUGCUUGUUUGCCAGUGCUCUCUUGUGUUUCUCUUCACUGGGAUUCUUUUCUUUUUCGACUGAAGUUAAAGAGUAGAACUUUUUCUUGGGAAAAACACCAUCUUUAGUCUUCCAGAUUCCUUUUUCUUCAGGUUUUCCUCCUGCUUUUGCUUCAAUUUCAGCUUCCUAUGCUUUUAAGUGUGCUUUUGAAUAUGGAUAAGUGUAAAUUACUGUCAAAAGUCCUCCUUAACACACAACCAAUAUUUGCAGUUCUCUGCUCCAGUGAAAUUUAUCUUCUGGCGUUUGAAAUUUGAGAUUAAACCUUCAGGGCUUUUAUCCACUUCUUUAGACAACAACUGGCGUUUGUAGCUUCUCCGAGCUUGUUCAAUGGGUUACUUUUACUUGCUUGUUCUUGUAUUGUUUUCAAGGAGUUGCUUUUUCCAAACUACUAAAGGAUUGCAAGCUUAUCAAGCUCAACUUUUUCUGCAAAUAAGGAAGCAUUUAGAGUAUCCUUCACAGCUGCAAAUUCUAGAUAAUUACAAUGGGAGCCUCUGUGACUUGGCUGCAACGGCACAUAUGAUGAUAUCUUGCCAGGACAAUUUUGUCACUGAGCUUAAGAUUAGGGGAGAUAAGCUUGCAAAUGUUAGUGGGUUCAAUGGAUAUGCAAUUCAUAAUAAAACAUUGUCUGAGACAUUCUCCAUUAAUUCUUUAGUUACCACAUUGGCAAGGUUAACCAGUUUAAGGGUGCUUAGUUUAGUGUCUCUUGGGAUUUGGGGGCCUCUUCCUGAUAAGAUUCAUAGGCUAUAUUCUCUUGAACUUUUGGACUUGAGCUCCAAUUUCAUGUUUGGCUGUAUACCCCCUCAGAUAUCUAGAAUGGUUAAGCUUCAAACUCUAACAUUGGAUGGCAAUUACUUCAACGACACUAUUCCUGAUACAUUGGAUUCUUUAUCAAAUCUUUCUGUUCUAAGUUUGAGGGGCAACCAUUUGAAGGGCCAGUUUCCUUCUUCAAUAUGCAGAAUUUCAAGCCUAACAGAUAUUGCCUUGUGCCAUAAUAAGCUUUCAGGGGAACUGCCUGAUUUCAGUAGCUUAACUCGCCUGCGAGUGUUGGAUGUAAGAGAGAAUCAAUUCGAUUCCCAACUGCCUGUCAUGCCACGAGGAUUGGUUACUGCUCUUCUUGGUAAGAACUUAUUCUCAGGUGAAAUUCCCGCACAAGUUGGCAUAUUGACUCAUCUCCAGCACCUUGACUUGUCUUUCAAUCAUCUGAGUGGGACACCCCCCUCUGCCUUGUUUGAUUUGCCAAACAUCAGUUAUUUGAAUUUGGCAUCAAAUAUGCUGAGUGGUUCACUUCCAGAGCAAAUAACUUGUGGUAGCAAACUUGGGUUUGUCGAUAUUUCUAGUAACAAGUUGGUUGGUAAGCUUCCUUUUUGCUUGGACAAUACAUCAGACAAGAGAGCAGUAAAAUGUGGUGGGAAUUGCUUGUCCAUUGAAGGUCAUCAACAACAUCAAAGUUCAUAUUGUAAAGAAGCAAACACAAGAAAAAGUGGAAGAAAAAUAGCAUUAUUAAUUGCUAUUGUAGUAGGAUCUAUUCUUCUUCUGAUGAUCUUGGCAUUUGGGGUUCUUUUUCUGUCUCGAAGAUGCUUCCAAAGGAAAACUCUCGAAACUCAUAUACAGCAAAAGGCAGUUCAGGAGAAUCCAACAACCGGGGUUUCACCUGACAUUCUUGCAAAUGCUAGAUUCAUUUCUGAAGUUAUGAAGCUAGGGACACAAGGUUCUCCGGUAUCUCGACUGUUUUCCUCAGAAGAGUUGGAGGAAGCCACAAAUAAUUUCGAUUCAUCAAUGUUUAUGGGUGAAAGCCCUGCUGGGAAGCUAUACAAAGGAAGAUUGGAGAAUGGAACCUAUGUUGCCGUUCGAUCUUUGAAUUUACUGAAGAGAUAUUCAAUUCAAAACCUUAAAGUUAGGCUUGAUUUCUUCUCAAAGCUUCAUCAUCCUCAUUUAGUAAGCCUUUUGGGGCACUGCAUUGAUGGUGGUGUACAAGAUGAUCCCUUUGCAAACAAAGUCUUCCUUGUAUAUGAGUAUGUGCCUAAUGGGAAUUAUCGUAUGCAUCUGUCAGAAAGUUGUCCAGAGAAGAUUCUUAAGUGGUCGGAUAGAUUAGCAAUUCUAAUUGAUGUAGCCAAGGCUGUACAUUUCCUUCAUACUGGGGUUAUUCCCGGUGUUUAUAAUAACCGAUUGAAGACCAAUAAUAUAUUGCUGGACGAGCAUCGAAUUGCCAAGCUGUGUGACUAUGGGAUGUCUAUCAUCUUGGAGGACAAUGAAAAACUAGAGGCUAAGGGAGGGGGCUUAAAGUCUAGCCAAAGGCAAACUUUAGAGGAUGAUGUUUACAACUUCGGAUUUAUAUUACUAGAGUCUCUUGUUGGGCCUAUAGUGAGUGGAAAAGGAGAAACAUUUCUUUUAAAUGAAAUGGCAUCCUUUGGCAGCCAGGAUGGCCGAAAGCGAAUUGUGGAUCCAGCUGUGUUAAUGACUAGCUCACAAGAGUCGUUAUCGAUCAUUGUAUCUAUUACACGCAAAUGUACAUGUCCAGAACCAUCAUCUCGGCCGUCUUUCGAGGAUGUUCUUUGGAACUUGCAGUAUGCAGCUCAAGUUCAAGCGACAGCUGAUGCUGAUCAGAAAUCUGAUUCUACAUCAUAGUUUAGUGAUACACCUGAUGUUCGAUUGUUCAUUUCUAUAAGAAAAGAUCUUAUUCACGACAAAAAAUGACAAUGAAUUCAUUAUAUCAUAAA